AUGACAGCUACCUUGGCAGAUUGGCAUGCACUGAAUGGACACCGACCCAACACCGCCCCACCGAAGCUCACGGCCUGGGUGACCACGAAGCUCACCACGACCCCAUGGCCGGAGGCCUGGCAGCUGCUAGAAGAUGUGCGGAAGCAGAGGUGUCAGCUCGACAUCAUCCAUGCAAAUGCAGUUAUGAAAGCAGCUGCGAGCAGUUGGAGGGAUGUGCUUCAACUUCUCACGAGCUUUCAGCAGAGGCAACUCGAAGCCAAUGUCCGAAGCUUUGUCACAAAAAUGGCGGCGCAAGCGAGUGGAGAAGAAGUCCUGUGGGCAGAAGUCUUGCAAGACCUCGGCGGCCUGGCCGAGCGCCGGAUCGACGUCAACGACUUCUGCCGCAGCGCCGCCCUCCGUGCGAUGGCGAGUGGGCAAGCAUGGCGACGUGCGACCUUGACACUCCAAGCUGCGGCCGACGUUGCAUGCUUCAAUGCGGCCAUCUCCGGAAUGCCAUGGACUGAAGUCAUCGCCCUGCUUGGCCACAUGGACUGGGCGCUCUUGCAGAAGGACCUUGUCACAUACGCCACUAUUUUGCGCUCUGGAGCAGGGGUAAAGUGGCCAGGCUCCAUUCUUCUACUCCAAGACCUUCUGCAGCACAGUACCAGGCCGCAUGAGAGCAUCGUGGCAGGCAUCCUCAAAGCUGUUGGUGGGCAUGUCCACAGUGCCGCGCUGCAGCUGCUGCGGGACAUGCGCGCGGCCAGCUGUGAAGACAGCUUGAGCAUCUACAAUGCCCUGAUGGGAGCAACGUCUGAAUGGCCAACCUCCCUGGAGUUCUUGCACAGUCUACCAGGACGCCAACUCCAAGCAGAUACCACCAGCUGGAACUUAGUGGCUAUACGAGCCAGUGCUGCUGGAAUCAGCACCAGUUCGAGUUCAAUGGUUUGGCGCUUGGCAAAUUCUUGCCUUCCCCACUGCGAUGGUGUUGGCUAUACUGCCCUGCUUGCUUCAAGAGAUGGCUGCCCUUGGAGAAGGACAUGGACGGUCCUGCAGCAGCUGCAGCUCAACGGCUUGCAGCUGACUAACGAGGCCCUCCAUGCGGCGAUGGCCAGUGGUCACGGCGGGUGGCGCUUCAGCCUGGAGCUCCAGGGUUUCGUCCACCGGGCCAGCAUCAUCAGCUUCGGUUCGCUGCUGAAGGUGUGCAGGGACCAGUGGCUACACGCCUUGCACUUGCUCAAGAGACUUGCAGAAGUCGAGGUCGAGUGCAAUGCCAUUGCUUCCAAUGCAGCCUUGAGCGCGUGUGAGAGACCUGGAUGA